GAACAUGCGUACCGCCAUAGUGCUCAUUGCUUUUGCGGCUUUCGCUUCGGCGGUGCCCGUGCUGCCCGUGCCUGAAGAGCAGAAUGACUUCGAGUACCCGAGGUUCGUCCAGUUUCCCGACGGCUACGGCGUUCCUCACACGGUGGACCUGCAGGAGGAGGUAGACCACAACCUGCUCGAAGAGGUGCAGAGGAACCCGAACAAUAACCUGUAUCUACUCUUUACCAGACGGAACCCACUUGCCUCGCAAACGCUGGUCAUCAACGACAGGAACUCGGUCCUGAACUCCAACUUCAACCCCAGUCACCCCACUGUGGUCAUCGCGCACGGAUGGCUCAGUAACCAGAACUCAGACCUCAACCCCGUUAUCAGAAACGCUUACCUUAACAAAGGCGACGCCAACGUCAUCGUUCUGGACUGGCGCCGCCUCGCCAUCGGCGGUUACGUGACAGCUGUUAGCGGGGUCCCCGCGGUCGGUCGCGGCCUCGGCCAGUUCCUGCGAUUCGUCCACGAGACCACUGGCGCGCCGUACAGCUCUAUGCAUCUCGUUGGAUUCAGCCUGGGAGCCCAUCUGGUCGGCAACGCAGGAAGAGAGCUGGGAGGUGCUGUUGCUCGUGUCACUGGUCUAGACCCUGCCGGUCCCCUAUGGAAUUUGAACAGCAACCGUCUGGGUCCCAACGACGGCGUGUACGUGGAGGCGAUUCACACUGAUGGCGGCUAUACUGUUGGCGGUCUUGGCAUCGGGACGGCGAUCGCCAAUGCUGACUUCUUCCCCAACGGCGGUAUUUCUCAGCCUCGGUGCCUCACCAACAUCUGCAACCACAACCGCGCUUGGGAGUUAUUUGCUGCCACUGUGUCGUACAACCACCUUAUCGGACAAGAGUGCACAUCCAACUUGCAGAUCACUUUCAACACCUGUAGAGGACAAUCUCUUCAUAUGGGCAAUGAUGAUUUGACGAAGCGAGGACAAUAUGCAUAUCAACCGGGGCGCUCCACGGUGCACGCGGCGCGCGAUGUGAUCACGCGAGUGCUGACGCACCUCGAGUGCAGGCGACAAGUUGCAGCUAUAUUCUGCGACUUGUCGCGUGCAUUCGAAAUGGUCGACCACUCACUGCUCGUAAAAAAAUUGGAGUGCUACGGUGUUGAAAGCAGUCUUCUCCAAACAAUAGCAUCAUUUCUACGUCUCACGUGGUCGCCCCAUAUAGAUGCCAUCUGCGGCAAGCUAAGCUCAGCUUCUUAUGCGCUAUCGAGGCUAGCUCCUACCCUAUCCGCUGAUAACAUUAAAAAGGCUUACUACGGCUACUUCCACUCCAUCCUGAUAUAUGGCAUCGACCUGUGGGCAACAGCGGCUGAUCGUGAAAAGGUGUUUAACAUCCAAAAGCGCGCCGUUCGAAUAAUUGCUAACAAACCGCACGAUCAUCCCGCUCGGAGCCUAUUCAAAGAGCUGAAAAUACUUACCCUACCUAGCGUAUUCAUUCUUGAAGCCUGUCUACACGUCCGGUACAACCUCGGGUCGUAUCCAACUCGCGCCCAGCACCAUGCCCCCGGCAGGAGCACGCGCGGCCAGCACCUUCUAGUCGUGCCGUUGCGGAUGCUAGCUAAGGAUAAGAUAUGGAAUCAGAAAAGAUUACCUCCCCGCAAGUAUAAAAUGUUGUCUUCGUAUCGGGUGAUAUACUCAGUCGUUCAUCUGGCAGAACUGAAAAUGCAUACCUCCAUUGUGCUCCUUGCUUUAGCCGCCUUCGCCUCGGCGGUGCCCGUGCCUAAAGAGCAAGCUGACUUCGAGUACCCGAGGUUCGUCCAGUUUCCCGACGGCGAAGGCGUUCCUCACACGGUGGACCUGCAGGAGGAGGUCGACCACAACCUCCUCGAAGAGGUGCAGAGGAACCCGGACAAUAAUCUAUACCUACUCUUUACCAGACGGAACCCACUUACCUCGCAAACGCUGGUCAUCAACGACAGGAACUCGGUCCUGAACUCCAACUUCAACCCCAGCCACCCCACUGUGGUCAUCGCGCACGGAUGGCUCAGCAACCAGAACACAGACCUCAACCCCGUUAUCAGAAACGCUUACCUCAACAAAGGCGACGCCAACGUCAUCGUUCUGGACUGGCGCCGCCUCGCCAUCGGCGGUUACGUGACGGCUGUAAGCGGCGUCCCCGCGGUCGGUCGCGGCCUCGGCCAGUUUCUGCGAUUUGUCCACGAGACCACUGGUGCGCCGUACAGCUCUAUGCAUCUCGUUGGAUUCAGCCUGGGAGCUCAUCUGGUCGGCAAUGCAGGAAGAGAGCUGGGAGGAGCUGUUGCCCGUGUAACUGGUCUAGACCCUGCCGGUCCCCUAUGGAAUUUGAACAGCAACCGUCUGGGUCCCAACGACGGCGUGUACGUGGAGGCGAUUCACACUGAUGGCGGCUAUACUGUUGACGGUCUUGGCAUCGGGACGGCGAUUGCCAAUGCUGACUUCUUCCCCAACGGCGGUAUCUCUCAGCCUGCGUGCCUCACCAACAUCUGCAACCACAAUCGAGCUUGGGAGCUGUUUGCUGCCACUGUGUCGUACAACCACCUUAUCGGACAAGAGUGCACAUCCAAUUUGCAGAUCACUUUAAACACAUGCAGAGGACAGUCUCUUCAAAUGGGCAACGAUGAUUUGAGAAAGUGGGGGUCUGGCAUGUACCGGUUGGACACUGCACGAAGAUAUCCCUUCUAAAAUUGGGUUAAGGAUGUGACGAUAAACGAGAUCUGGUUAUGAAAAACCUUGCUGAAACCAAA